AUGCUCUCCGAGGUCAAGGUCGAAGAACAGGAACAAGAAGGAUCUACAAACGCUGCUCAUAAAGCCGUAAAGAGGCUUGCAGAGGAGAAUGCAGAUCUUCGAUCACAGCUGGACGAAGCCGCAAUUCUGAGCCUGUCACAGCUGGACGAAGUUGCAAAUCUGAGGUCACAGCUGGAGGAAGCUGCUGCACAAGCGGUACUUGAUAGCUUUCGGAUCCACGACCUCGAAGAUUCAUGCACAGUCGCUGAGAACCUGCGGUCAAAAUUCAUGCAAGCAACCAAUAAACUCGCCGAAUUUCAGACAAAGGAGUACGCAAUGACGUCCGAACGCUCGGCUGAAGAACUUCGGGAGACUCUGUGGAAGCUUCCUUCACCCAAUGGCCCAAACCCGGGAGAUAAGACCACACAACCCAUCUUCGAUUGCGUCGAGGCUUUCGAGAUGUCAGAGCUCGCGAUUCAGGCAUGCGCCGCAGACGGAUACUGCUUCUUCCCCUCACUCUUCUUCGCUCGACACCACGACAGGGACUCCGCAUACGUCCUCUACCCUAAAUACAAGUUUGAGGUUGGCCAGGAAAUCCCGGACCAUGCAAGAUGGGCGAUACAUGAAGCCGCCGUACAGUUUGAUGCACAGGAGCAACGGGACGUCUUGUAUGGCCGGCUGCGCGGGGACGUAUGCUACGCGGGCACCUUCUACGCAGACAUCGGAUCCGUCUGCCUGCCAUACGCCCAGGCCUCGGUGAUCUGCCAAGAAACUGACAUCCUCACCAUACUCGCUCGAGAGACUCUGAACAUGUCUCCCCCAUAUGAGCAAAGCGAUAAGGACCAUUAUAUCAAGAUCGUCAAGGAUCUGUACUUGAGUGGAUACCUUCCGGUACGGUUCCUCGGGCUCCAGCGCGUCUGGUUCAACACGAAACUAUUCGGCAUCCUGGACACGGAAUAUAAAGAUCACUUAUCCCGGAAGGCGCAGGAACAGACGGCUUCGGCCCGCCCAGCUCGCCGCAAACGCAAAAGCGCUCCUGAGAACGUCGAGAGCGGCAGGCCAUCGGGGUCGAAAGCUCCGCGCGUGGGGCACGGUGCCGGUGACCCGCGGCCGGUCGGAGCGGAUUGA